CUUCACAGGUCGCGAGACACACGUGGGUCUUCUCUCGGGUCAGUCCCAGACAGCGAGUCCCUGUGCACCGCCAGCACAGCCAGCGCAGCAUGAAAAGCUCGACCCUGGGGCAGAGCCCCGCAACCGCGAACAUGGAGGAGGACGGGGACAUGGAGGAAGGUGGCCAGGAGGGAGACUUCACUCUGGAAGAGGUGCUGCGUUUAGGAGGCACCAAGCAUGACUUCGUCAUGCUGGCAGGUCUGGAGGAGGUGGAUGAGUUGGUGGAUGGUGGGAAGAAAGCGGGUGUCAUUGAUGAUCUGGAAGAUGGAGAACUGCAGGCUUUCAUUAACAAGUUGGGGUUACCCAAAUUAUCCAUGGCUGUAGCAAAGGAGGAUGAGACAGAAGCAGUGGGGGAAGAGAAAGAGACACAGGCCGGCCCAGAGAAGACCAAACCAAAGAAAGGUAAGAAAACAGAAGCUGACACAGAAUUAAAUAAAGAGUCCGAAAAAAAAGCAAAGAAAAAGGCUAAGAAGAAAGAAGCGAGUACGUCCGCUGCCUCCAAAAGCAAAGGGCGGCCAACAUUUGAACUUAUUGAAAGGACACUAUUACUUAUUAAACCAGGUGGAAAAUGGUAUGACCACGAGUACACGAAAGAAUAUAGUUCGCAGCCUCAAAAUGCAGAAGACGUAAACAAAUAUAAAUCUUUGGCUGAAAAGCUGUAUGAACAUGAAGUGGUCCUGUAUAAAACUAAGAAGGAACACCGGAAAGGAGCAAACUCGGCUUGGAUGAAUACUGUGGUAUCUACCGGCACAAUUCCUGAUAGAAUGGCAGCCAUGACAGUACUCCUUCAAGAUGCACCCAUACACACCGUACGAUUAUUGGAAAACCUACUGAACAUGUUAAGGAAGAAGGGUAGCAAACGCCAGAAUCUAAUGGCAUUGGACACUUUUAAAGAUCUGCUUCUCUCAGAUCUUUUACCUGACAACCGCAAACUCUUUGCAUUUGAACAUCAUCCUUUUGACAAGCUGGAAGAAAUGUCCAGCGGCAACAGGGAUGCAAGAGAUCGGAGACUCGUACUGUGGUAUUUUGAAGAACAGCUGAAGAAGCAAGUAGUGGAGUUUGUGAAAGUCCUGGAAGGCUUAUCACAUGACCCCUUGUUUGCAACCAAGGCGAAGGCAUUGAAUGUGGCUCAUGAGCUUCUCUGCAAUAAGCCAGAAGAGGAGAAAACUCUCCUAGUACUGCUGGUUAAUAAACUAGGUGAUCCUCAAUACAGAAUUGCCACCAAAGCUUCCUAUUUGCUCGAAGUAUUGCUUAACAAGCAUCCAAACAUGAAAGUAGUUGUUUGCUUAGAAAUUGAAAGGCUGCUGCAUCGCCCCAAUGUGAGUGAAAAGGCGCAGUAUUACGGAAUCUGCUUUCUAAACCAAAUCAUGUUUUCACACGAAGAAGCCGACUUGGCAAAUCAACUGAUAACGUUGUAUUUUUGUUUUUUCAAGUCAUGCAUUAAAAAAAAGGAUAUUGAUUCUAAAAUCCUUCGGGGUCUAUUGACCGGCGUUAACAGGGCUUAUCCGUAUGCAAAUAUUGGGAGUGAGAAAGUUAAAGAGCAGUUGGAUACACUUUUCAAAAUUGUACAUGUUGUCAACUUUAAUACAGGGGUGCAAAUUCUCAUGUUGCUCUUUCAAGUCAUGGACUCUCAACAAACAGUGUCAAAUAGAUACUAUGCAGCACUGUACAAAAAGCUACUGGAUCCUGGCCUGUCACAGGGUUCAAAGCAGACCAUGUUUCUUAAUCUUCUCUUCAAGUCUAUGAAAGCAGAUGUUGUACUGAGGCGAGUAAAGGCAUUUGUGAAGAGACUGUUACAAAUCACCUGUUGUCAAAAGCCAUCUUUUGUCUGUGGAGCCUUAUAUCUAAUCUCAGAGGUUAUAAGACUUAAACCAGGUUUGAAAGUUCUGCUUCAAGAAAACGGGGAAGAGGAUGAUGAAGAACAUUUCUGCGAUGCACCAGAUGAGGAAGAUGAUGAGCAAGAACAGAAGAAAACCUUGACAUCUCCAACGAAAGAUAAUGCUGGUUCAUGGAUACACCAGCAAACGCUCCAAGGUUUAAAAAAUGCCAAUAGUUAUGAUCCCCUUAAUAGAAACCCAUUAUUUUGUGGAGCCGAUAACACCAGUCUUUGGGAACUCAGGAAACUUUCUGAUCAUUUUCAUCCAACUGUGGCCCUGUUUGCAAAAACCAUCUUGGAGGGAAAUCCAGUUCAAUAUACAGGUGACCCUUUGCAAGACUUCACACUGAUGAGAUUUUUGGAUCGUUUUGUGUAUCGUAAUCCAAAACUGCCAAAAGUAGGAGAAAAUCGUGGCUAUCUAAUGCAUCAAAAGAAGAAGUUGUACAUGACUGAACAGAGGCAACUUGUUAACAGUGCUGAGUUUCUUGAAAAGGAAGAAACGGAAAUACCUGUAGAUGACGUAUUCUUUCACAGAUACUUCAAAAGGGUAUCAAAAGACCAAAAGAGGGUUAAACGAGAUGAAGACGAAGGUAGCAUAGAAGAUGUAGAUGACGAUGAAUUUGAUCAGAUUCUCGAUACAUUUGAAGGGGACAGUUUUUACAAUGGUAACACUGAUCCUGCGGAUCUUGAUUUUGCUGGUAAUGUCAAACCAGACAAGAAAACUGGAAAGAAGUCCACAGAAGAAGAGAAUUCUGACUCCGAUUGGGAUGUUGAUGCUGAAGAUGAAGAAGUCUCUUUGGGCAGUAUGUGUGAGGAAGAUUUUGAAGAUGAAUCUGGUGGACUUUUUAUGGAUCCUUCAGAUAAUGAUGAGGAUAAAAAACCAGAGGCACAGAAAGCAAAGAAGAGAAAGGUAAAGAAUGAGGACGUAUUUGCCGUUGCAGAGGAGUUUGGAGACAUCUUGGAUGAAAAUUCUGGCUCAAAAUUCAAUAAUAUUGGGAUAAACGCAGUGGCCAAUAGGGACAAUGCAAGUGUCAAGCAACUCAAGUGGGAAUCAGAUAGAGAUAACUGGAUGAAUGAUCGACAUUCUAGAGGCAUCAAAAAGAAAAGAUUUGGCAAGAAGAAGAUACAAAAAAAGUGAAAAAUUAAAUGAGCAUCUUUCUAUGUAUUUAACAGUAAUGUGUGUUUUUGUUUGUUUUUUGAAAGACAUACCAGGGUGGAUUUUACCACCAAUUGUUAAAGCAUUUUUAUAUAUGUAUAAAACUGGUUUUUGGGUUUUUUUGCUUUUUUUUUUUUUUAAAUGCAUUAUUUGUCACACAAAAAAGGGUUGUAUUUUUUUUCUAAAAGUAAAUUAACAAGAAAGGUUUUCACUCUUACGUUUAAACGAGCUGCGUUGACAAAAUACUGCAGUUCACCUGUAUUCUCAACUUGACUGUUUUGGCUUAGUUGAAAAAUGUGUUCACAUUUCAUUGUUUAAUGAAUAAACUAUUGGCUUUCCUAGGCCAAACCCCUUAUUCCAGUUAUAUGUUUCAUCCAGGAAGCAGCCGUUCUAUCUCUGCCAAUACUCCAGGUCUAUUCACCAAAAUUUGAGUUGUAGGAAAUGUGACGUAAAUGUAACAUUUUAAACCAAAAUAGCGCAACUUAACCUGUUCUCUCUUGAAGGUUUUCUGUGAAUUGGUGGCUUUGGCCUUUGCAUAUUUCUAUGGGUUAAAGGCAAUCCUGUAUUAGUAUGAAAGAGGAAUAAAAAUAAUAUUUUCCAAUUAUGGUUUUAGCGAAUCUUGUACCGUUUUUGUAGUUUUUUUUUUUUUUUAGUACUGAGGUGUAAUGAAUUUUAAAGAAGAAAAAGGAAACUUGCAUCAUCUUAAAGGAACACUUCAGGCACCAUAACAACUUAAUCUAAAUUAAGUUAUGAUGCCAGGAGACCCUCGGUCACAGUCAUACCUCAAAAGGUUUAACUGUUCCUGAAUAUUUUAAACCCAAAGUUGCCUCCAAUGCUGCGCUUCUUGAAACUGGGAGCAACUUUGGGUAUAAACCGCUUGAACUAACAGUGCUCCAGGGGUCCUCCUGGCACUAUAACUUAAUUUAGAUGAAGUUGUUAUGGUGUCUAAACUGUCCUUUUAAGGUUCAACUAUCCGAGUUAAAAACAAUUUCCAGGUUGCCUAUAAACCAUUCAUGAAAAUGUUUUACUUGUCCUUUCAAGAUACCUCCUCCACUACCAAAAUGGUGGCCACAUUACAUGCAAAAGCUUCUGCCUGCCUCUUAAUGCUUUGUGCAGCCUACUGCUACAAAUUAGUGGUAUGGGAAAAACAGACAUGUACAUCCAGGUUUAGGCAUUGUCUAAAAUAAAGAUCCAGAAAUAAAAUGUGCUCUGUGGGUGUGCUAGCAGUUUUGCUAGCUAUAGUAAGAACAUACAUUUUUAUUAAAGUGGUACCAUGUCAUUCAUUGUUGAUAUAUGGAGAGCAUUUUUUUUAAUUUUUUUUUGCUUCUCGUUGACCUUGUUUUGUUUUCUGGAAAAUACUUAAAGGAACACUAUAUAGUGUCAGGAACACUUUACUCAUAGAAAUGCAUUAUAUGGGGAAUGUUCAGCUGAACGUAGUUGUGACUGCUACUAUAAGUGUUACUAGACAAUAAUGUAAACACUGCCUUCUCUGAAGAGGCAGUGUUUACCUUUAAAAGCCUACAGGGACAUGCUAUAGACACUACAUUAAGCUGUAGUUAUUCGUGUGUCCUUUUAAAUUACUAUUUUUAGCACCAUAACCAAUAUAAUAGUUUUGUGCAAAAUGUCAUCUGGCACGUUCCACUAAUGAACACUGUCAAAAGUUACAUAUAAUUCAUGUAGAAUGAGAACCUAUCCAUUCGCUGUAUCAAAAAGUCCUGAAUGACUGGAAGAACCCAUGUAAGUGUCAAAUCUUUGACAAAUGGUUUGACUCCUUAAUGGGGGAUGGCGCCAGGGGAUUCCUUCCAUGUUUACCAUUAACAGAAGAGACGUACUGGAUACCGCAAUCACCAAAUAACCCAGUUGAUCUAAAGCCUGGGCUGGCCAGGCCUCCCUUCCAAGAUAUGUGGAAUAAAUAGCAGUUCAGGCACUCCGGGAUAACAGAAAUAGCAGCUUUAUUCGGGCAAAUGCAGCAACAUUUCGACCGUUCUGGGUCCUUACCAAGCUUGACAAAGACCCGGUAUGGUCGCAACAUUGCUGUUUUCACCUCAAUAAUGCUGCUAUUUCUGUCACUCUGGAGUGCCUGAACUGUUAUUUAUUCUGCAUAUACUGAAACCAUUAACAGUGGAUUGUAGUUAUGGUGCAUAGAAAACCCUUUUAAUAAAUGUUGUGUUGUUUUGUUGACAUUUAAAACCAAAGAAUAUUUUUUCCAGUUUGUAUUUCCACUCAAAGGAUUUAUUCAAUAAAUAUUGAAUGUACUGUGGUGAAAACAGAAUUGCAAAAUGUAAGCAAAAAAAUAUUGUUUAUGUAUCAAACUAAUAAUCUUCAACUUGGUUGUUGUUGUUGGUUGGCUAUAUUAACCUAAAUUUUCAAAUUGUUGCAAGUUACUUUAGUGAAUAAACCCCAUUGAC